AUGCCGCAAUUUAGCGACGUCUGGCUGCCAUGCCUCAUCGUAAUGGUGUUGUGGGCGCGCCCCACGGCAGCUUUCGGUGCGGGCAACAUUGCGAGCCUCAGCGCCAUUGAAGGACAGAACUGGCGCCAUGGAGAUAUCGAGGAUACCCUACUCACCCUGCUCAUCAGCGGCCAGACGGGCAAGAAGUUCAGCAAGAUGGAUGUCAAGCGUGUCUACUUUGGCAACUGGCUACGCGACUACUCCCAGGCCGUCGAUGUCGGCACCGUCAAGAUGGUCUCUGCAGAGGCAAUCCGCAUCCUCCUCUGGGUACUCGGCUUUAUGAGCUUCGGCUACGGAACCAAGGAGUUCGAGGUCACCCGCGAUCGCCUUGGGUGCUACAGACCUGAAGAGCACAUUGACAACCCCAAGGACUACGCCGACAACCUCGAUGCCCGUGAUUACGACCGCCGCCUACGAGGCCCCGUUGACGAGAGACGCGAGCUCAGCGUCGACGAGCGAACCGGCCUGAAGAACUACAUCGCUUCCGAAGACUUGGGCAUCACAACAUCGGCUGGCAUGGUCCGCGACCUGCUUCGGCGUUGCAUCGACCUGGGACGUCGCUCACGAGGAAAGGGUCCCGACUUCUACGAAGCCUUGAGGCUGCUUGGUACUGCGACCCACUGUCUGGAAGACUACUCUGCCCACUCCAACUAUGUCGAGCUUGCCUUGAUUGAACUCGAAGAAGAAAACCGGAAUAUCUUCCCCCACGUAGGCAGGAACGCCCUGUUCGAUGUCCGCGCCGCUGGAAAGCAGGUAUACCCCAUCAUCACAGGCACAUUCGGUGGCGUCGACUUUUUGCACUCGGUCUGCGGUGAGAUUACCGACAAGGCUACACAAUCCGAGCUGCAGGAACUUGAAGGCGCAAUUGCCAAUGCCGACAGGAACGAGAACAAGAGCAAGAUCCAGGAGCUUCUUGCCAAGCUCCCAGACGGCAUCUUCGGCGGCAAAGACGAAGCCGGUAAGGCCGAGGAGCUUGCCGACAACUCCAACGCGGCUGCUAUGGGCAACAUCCAGAUCACCCCUAAGGAGCCUGAGGCAUUCACGGAACAGAUUGGAGAGCUGGUCAAGCAGAUCUACCCCAUCAUGGAGUUCCACGACGAGAUUAUGCAGUCCAUCACCGAAUUCAUUGAGAAGAUCCCAAUUCUGCCAGAUCUGAUCGAGGAGGUCCAGAGCCAGGUCACUAUCUUCGUCUUCAGUCUUCUUGCUCCCUACGUUUUGCCCAUUCUUAGCCAAGUCAAGUCUGAGCUUGAGACGGGAUCCAGCGAAGUCAUUGCAAGCUCUCGUGAGAAGCAGCACAUUGUCUUCAACGACGACGACUGCACCGACCCAACCCACAGUAUGCUUUCCAAGGAUCACUUCUCUAACGUGCUCAACGAGCCUGCUGGUCGCGUAGCCUCUGCCGUGCUGAGCUGGGCUGUUCCACAAGUCGUUCAGUGCUGGGACGGUGAGGCAGACCCUGAGCAAACCAUUGACCGCAUCAUCAAUGGCGUGUUUCACCACCCUGCGGUUGCCGCGGCAGAGAGAAGGUACGGAGGGCGAGGUGAUCGUGGGGUCGAAGAAUGCCACCAGAUCAUGUUCAAUACUGUUGGAAAGUGGUGGGACUCCAAAGACGAGAGCGCCAAGGAAGAAUUCCGCCACCAGCUCAGUCGAGACGGCGUGCAAAACCUUCGCAACCAUAAGAAGAACGUGCACGACAAGGGCCAUGGUUGCGGCAAACCCCUGGGUAUGGCCAACAACUUUGGCUCUUCCGGUGGACAAGGUGGUGUCAACCCACAGAUCCAGCAGGCCUCCGACCAUGUUGGCAAGCUCGCAGGCGAAGCUGUUGGUGGUGGUGCCCUAGGCGGCCUUGUCGGUGGUCUUGUUGGCGGCAUCGGCGGCUCUCUGCUUGGUGACGCUUUUGGUGGAAAGGAAAAGAAGAGCCACGAGGAGAGCUACGGUCAAGACGGCUCCUACACUCAGUCAUACUCGGAGACUGGUCAUCACCAGGCAUCUUCGUAUGGCGACAAUGAUCGCUAUGGCCGCGCCGAGUACGAGCAAACACAAUACCCGAGUGGUGGGCGUCGCGAGGAGUACUCUCGUCAGGAACGGGACGACAGUGGCGGAUCCUACAGCUACGAACAGCGUGUCGAGACUUCGAGCUACAGCAACACCGGUGGAUAUGAGCGUCGCGAGGAGCGUCGCGUCCAGCAUGGCGAUCAAUGGCGCUCUGAAGAGACACGCGAAGGGAUCGAUCGGUCUGGAGAAUAUUACUCCGAGGAGAGAGAACGACGUGGUAAGUCCAAGAAACACUCCGAUGACGACGAUUCGAACGAUUCGGGCGGCGAAGAUUCAUACGAGAAGCGGAUGAAGAAGGAGCGCAAGAAGCGUGAGAAGGAGGAGAAGAAGCGCCAUAAGCACAAGAAACACGGCAGCGGUGAUGAGGAUUCGGAUGAUGCUGACAAGCGUCGAUCAGGAUCUGGUGAACACAGGCGUCGCUCUCGCUCCCGUGAGCAUGAACAUCGUCGCAAGAAGAGCGGCAGCCGUUCGCCCCAGCGCCAGUCCGGAGGAUACUCGCAAGGCUACGGCCAAGAGCAGCGCUACGGCGAGCAGUCAGGCUACGGUCGUGAAGAGCCAUCCAGGUACGGGCGCCAGGAGUACGGCGGAGACGCUGGAGGCUACGGCCGUCAGCAACCGCAGUAUGGUGCUGACUCUUAUAGCACUGGCGGAUACGGUCGUCAAGAGGAGUCUGGAUAUGGCCGUCGCCAGGAAGAGUCGAGCUACGGUCGUCAAGAAUCCAGCGGAUACGGUCGUUCGGAGGGCCUCGAAUACGGUGGUGAUCGUCCUGAUCAAUCUUACGGCGCCUCUGGUGUCCCCGGUGGUUUCGGUGAAGAGACUCAAGGCUAUGGCCGCCGCCGUGACGAUGAAGAUGAAUACGGCCAGCGAAGGCAGGAAUAUGGCUCCGGUGGUUAUGGUGAGGAGGGGUAUGGAAGGCGUUACUAG